AUGUCGGCAGGACACCCAUCCUUAUCACCUGUGGUGAACACUGUUCAUGGCAAAGUUCUGGGGAAAUAUGUUCACUUACAAGGAUUCACACAGCCUGUGGCUGUCUUCCUGGGAGUCCCCUUUGCCAAGCCUCCUCUUGGAUCCCUGAGGUUUGCUCCACCGCAGCCUGCAGAGCCGUGGAACUUGGUGAAGAAUGCCACCUCCUACCCUCCUAUGUGUUCCCAAGAUGCAGCUACAGGUCAGAUGGUCAAUGAUCUCCUAAUAAACACCAAGGAGAAAAUUCAUCUCCAGUUUUCGGAAGACUGUCUCUACCUGAAUAUUUACACUCCUGCAGACUUGAGGAAGAACAGAAACAGGCUGCCAGUAAUGGUGUGGAUCCAUGGAGGAGGACUGGUACUGGGUGGGGCAUCCACCUAUGAUGGACUGGCCCUCUCUGCACAUGAAAACGUGGUGGUGGUGACCAUUCAGUAUCGCCUGAGCAUCUGGGGAUUCUUUAGCACAGGGGAUGAACACAGCCGGGGAAACUGGGGUCAUUUGGACCAAGUGGCUGCACUGUGCUGGGUUCAAGACAACAUUGCCAAUUUUGGAGGAGACCCAGGUUCUGUGACCAUCUUUGGAGAGUCAGCAGGAGGUGAAAGUGUGUCUGUUCUUGUGUUGUCUCCUCUGGCCAAGAACCUCUUCCACAGAGCCAUUUCUGAGAGUGGUGUGGUCUUCACUUCAGGUUUAUUCAUGGAGGAUGUCACCUCAUUGAAUGAAAAAGUUGCUGUUAUUGCUGGGUGCAAAACCACCACAUCUGCUGUCAUUGUUCACUGCCUGCGCCAGAAGACGGAGGACGAGCUCUUGGAAAUCAUGCAGAAAAUGAACCUCUUUAAGCUUGAUUUACAAGAAGACACCAAAAAGCACUAUCCCUUCAUGCCAACUGUGAUUGAUGGAGUGGUGCUGCCCAAGGCCCCAGAAAAGAUUCUAGCUGAGAAGAAUUUCAACACUGUCCCCUUUUUAGUGGGAAUCAACAAGCAAGAGUUUGGCUGGAUCUUGCCAAAUCUCAUGGAAUUUCCACCUACUGAUGUAAAACUAGACAAUGAAAUGGUCACAUCACUCCUGAAGAAGUCUGCUUAUUUCUUUAACAUACUGGAGGAUGGUAUUCCAGCUGCCAUUGAGAGGUAUUCAAUAAACACAGAUGAUCCAAUCAGAAAUAGAGCCCUGCUCCUAGAGUUGAUUGCGGAUGUGAUGUUUGGUGUACCAUCUGUGAUUGUGUCUCGUGGUCACAGAGAUGCUGGAGCCCCCACCUACCUGUAUGAAUUUCAAUAUCACCCAAGCUUCUCAUCAGAAAUGAAACCCAAGACAGUGAUUGGAGACCAUGGAGAUGAAGUCUACUCUGUCUUCGGUGCCCCGAUUUUAAGAGAUGGUGCCUCAGAAGAAGAAGUCAACCUCAGCAAGAUGGUGAUGAAAUUCUGGGCCAACUUUGCUAGGAAUGGGAACCCCAAUGGGAAGGGGCUGCCCUAUUGGCCAAAGUAUGACCAGAAGGAAGGCUACCUGCAGAUUGGUGUCACCACCCAGCAAGCCCAGAGACUGAAAGAUAAGGAAGUGACUUUCUGGACUAAGCUCAGGGCCAGGACGCCACCACCAGAGAUGGCACAUACUGAGCUAUGA